UCCCACAAAAGAAGAAUAGAUGAAAAUCAGCAGCGAUUUUUUAGAAUUAUGGAAUUUGCCAAACUGCGUUGGAGCAAUAGAUGGCAAGCACAUAUCUAUCCAAGCACCUCCGAAUUCUGGCUCAACAUAUUUUAAUUAUAAAAAGACUUUUAGUAUUGUGCUGAUGGCUGCUUGUGAUGCUCGAUAUAAGUUUACACUGUUCAACGUUGGUGCGUAUGGCAGUGAAAGUGAUGGCGGAAUUCUUUCUAGAUCAGAUUUUGGAAAAUCUCUAUACUCAGAUACGCUCAACAUACCUGGAGGCACUACUCUUCUACCAGGAAGUGAUAAGAAAGUAUUUUAUUAUUUCGUUGGGGAUGAAGCAUUUCAAAUGUCUACACACAUGAUGCGACCUUAUCCAGGGAGGUCUUUAAAUGAACAAAAGAGAAUUUUUAAUUAUCGAUUAUCCCGAGCCAGAAGGAUAAUUGAAAAUACAUUUGGAAUCUUUACAGCCAGGUGGAGAAUAUUUCUAAGAUCAAUAUGUGCUAGUCCAGAUGUUGCUGACCGAUUGGUGCUAGCAGCAAUUUGCUUGCAUAAUUUUUUAAAAACUAAAAAUGAUGAAAAAGUCCCGCUGCAGCAAAGGUAUUGUCAUCCCCAAUUUACAGACAGAGAAACGGAAGAAGGGGAUUUAAUAGAAGGAGAAUGGAGACAACAGACACAAAUUGAUCAAAUAAGACCUAUGAGAAAUGCAGGAGCACAUCGAGCCACUAGAGAAGCAUAUACAAUGCGCGAUACUCUUUCAUCAUAUUUCAUGACAGCAGCUGGGGAAGUUCCUUGGCAAUAUGAAUACAUACGUCAAGGGCAACAUCACGAUGUACCUUAAAAUUUCUAUUUAUAUUU